AUGUCUGGAGAGAAUCGUGAAGAGACCGGACUGCCGCCCAACUGGGAGGUUCGUCACAGCAACAGCAAGAACCUACCGUACUACUUCAACAAUGUCGACAAGACAUCGCGCUGGGAGCCGCCCAACCAGACCAACACGGAACAGCUCAAGCUGUACAUGGCCAAGUACCACUCGGGACAGCGGCUGCAACAGCAGCAGGCGCAGCAGCAGGCAGGAAAGAUCCGCGCGGCACAUCUGCUAGUGAAGCAUCGCGACAGCCGGCGGCCGGCAAGCUGGCGGGAAGCGGAGAUCACACGCAGCAAGGAAGAGGCGCGCAGCAUCAUCUCGGGCUACGAGGAUCGCAUGCGGCGCGGCGAGAUCUCGCUGGGCGAGCUGGCACUGACAGAAUCGGAUUGCAGCAGUGCCCGCAAGUCAGGCGAUCUGGGGUACUUCGGCCGGGGCGACAUGCAAAAAGAGUUUGAAGACGCGGCAUUUGCGUUGAAGCCUGGCGAAGUCAGCGGCAUCAUUGAGACAGCCAGCGGGCUUCAUCUGAUCGAGCGCUUAGCAUGA